UUUCGAUCACAUCAGGGUUAUCAAUUUGUGCAUCUCGACAGUUAAUUCUAACAAUUUAAUAAUUCUUAUAACACAAUAAAACUUUAUUUUAUCACGAAAAGCUUGACUUAUUUAUUUAAAACUUUAACACUAAACUGAACUUUAAAAUAGAUUCCAAUCAAAUUUCACUAUGUAUUUGACAUGUCUGGAUACUUUAAAUUCUCGUCUCUAACUAAUUAUUUACAAACAGGAUUACGUUGCUAAAAAAAUAGAAUAAUUGAAAUAUAUGUACAGUAUGAUAAAAUAAUAGGUAGUAAAGUAUAAAUAUUACAAAGUAUUAUCAUUGAUAGUUUUGAUAACUCAGUUUUCUUCUUCGGUUGAUAAAGUUGGGAGCUUCUUUAACUUGAAAUUAGUACGGUCAAAGAGAAAAUUUUCUCUGGUGUUCUUCCUGAAAUUGGCGUAGAGUAACUCUGAAGUCCGCUACAGUACUUUACUGCAGCGCAAUCUAUAGGAAAAUUGCUUCUAAAUUUGAGUGGACGCUGAAGUAAUUCGUAGUUUAUGAUCAUACACCUGUUACAAAAUGUCUGUAACCUUGUAAGAGAAAUCAUCAUUAUUUUGUAAAGAUAAAAAUUAUCUAAUAUUUAUCUAACGGAGUUUCAACAGCUUUGUUUCGUUGUGAUGGAUCUGGAAAGCAGACAUAAAAGUUCUGAUAAGAGUUUCUUUUUGUAACAAUCUGAUUGUAAUUAAAAUAAAAGCAAAUUGUUUCAAAAACGUCAGUAUGAAUUUUCGACACAGAUGACGAUUCUGAUUAUGCUAUGAUAAAACGAAUUAAAAUGGAACCAGAAGCUAUAUUGUCACAGGAAGAUGAUAUAAUGGCUCAGUUACAACAAGAAAGUUCUGAUUUAGAAGUGGAACCAAGCUUUGCGUUGGAAGGCUCUGCAAAUGGAGAGGAUUGCAAUGAAGGUGUUCUAAUGCAACAUAUGGAUAUCAGAGAGCCUCUCUCUACCUUGAGAAAUUUAUUAGAACAAAGACUUGGAGUAGAGUUAACAGAUUAUUCUUUUUGGCUCCAAGAUGCACAAAUGCUAGAAAGCCAUAAGAACUUGGUUGAUCAGUGCGUGCAAGGAGAGGGAUUGGUUCAAGUAAAUGUUCAGAUAAAAGCAACACAAAGGAGAAUAAAUAUAGUGGAUGUUUUGAAACCUGCAGAGGAUUACAUAGAACUAGCAGAAAACAAUGCAUCCACACCAGUAAAUGAAGAUAGCAAACGAAAUGUUAUAAGAUGGAUGGUUGACCCACAAUACAAAAAAGAACAGGAACGGUUAAAAAUUCCAGCUGAUCCAAAAGAAUGGACACAGACACAUGUCAAGCACUGGCUUCAAUGGGCAGUUAGGCAAUUUAAUUUGGCCUCAGUGAGAUUAGCAGAUUGGAACAUCACAGGUCAACAAUUGUAUAAUCUCACCCUGGAAGAAUUCCAAGCUAAAGUGCCUCUUGACCCAGGGGAAGUAUUCUGGACUCAUUUAGAAUUACUUCGAAAGUGCAAAUUUGUUGCUGUCGUUCAGAAGGAUCCACCAUCGUCACCCACGGAAAAUAAUGUGGAUAAAACCAUAAAAAUUCGCAACCAAAAGGCAACAAAACCGCGACCAGUAGUAAAUCAACAAGCGCGAGUAGUUAGCGUUCCUUUAGAAAACAUCGAUUCCACACCAAUCACUAUAGCGACAUCGAGUCGUUCGGUUAACAGUGGUCAAAUACAAUUAUGGCAGUUCUUGUUGGAGUUGUUAACAGAUCGCGAGCACAGAGGUGCUAUUCAAUGGGUCGGGACUGAGGGGGAGUUCAAGUUAAAUCAACCGGAAGCGGUAGCGCAACUUUGGGGAGCGCGUAAAAACAAACCAUCAAUGAAUUACGAAAAAUUGAGUCGUGCGUUGCGUUACUAUUACGAUGGAGAUAUGAUUUCAAAGGUGCACGGGAAACGAUUCGUAUAUAAGUUUGUAUGCGAUUUGAAGCAGGUUUUAGGUUAUUCGGCAGCGGAGUUAAGUAGGUUGGUGGAAGAGGGCACAAGAUAUUUCUGAUGACAUAUUUUUUUUUAUAAUCACAACAAUUUUUAUCAUCGUACUGCGGACGUCGUUUGUAUGAAUAAUUGUACAUAUGGAAAAUAGAAGAUGGAGAAUAGAUUAUUGUUCAGACAAUCUAAUGUACAUUGAAAUACAGAGAGAUCAACACAUAAAUUGAUGUUUAUUUUUCUUUUUAUCUUAAUUAAAUACACCCAUACUUUAAAACCGCGUUCGUGAUAUUUAAUUAUCACGAUUUACUUAAUUAUAUUUACUAAGAGAAGUACUAGAAAUUACAAUCCGGUACGUAACUCCUAUAUGUAGAAUACUUAAGAUCCGGAAAUCUGAAAUGCAUCUAAACAUUUUACCUUUAACGUGAAUAUAUAACCGUAUUUUUAGAGAUAGUUCCUUCUUUUGUUACAAGAUAUUCUGAUACUAUACCGAAAUUAUAAUGUUAAAGCAUUAUAUAUUCACAGGGUAUCUCCAGUAUGUUUUUAAGAUGCACCAUGUAAUAGUGGAUUAUAGAUCUAUAGAAUGUCGAGUCUCUUUAACUUCCCUGCUUACAGAGCGUCGACGUUUCCGGCCGUUUUCUAUCUCUGAUGACUAGGACUGACUUUUGAUCGGCAAAAGGCAGCACUCAUCGCCAAUACCAGAGAAUCUAGCCUGUGAGAUAUCGGUCGCGACGUCACAAGUUAGGGUCUCAGGGGACCGGCGACGCGGCAGGCUUUACAAUCAGCCCGCCCGCCAUUGCCCUUUUUCUCAUUUCAUCUUUUCUCCCUCUUUUAUUCGUUAUUAAUCGUACACAUAUCCACGCAU